UAGUUGCUGCAAGCGGCGCGAGGGCAGCUGCAGGGAUGAGAUUCGCUUACCGGUUUUCCAACUUGUUGGGUACAGUCUACCGCUGUGGUAACUUGAAGUUCACUCCAGAUGGAAACUCUCUGAUUAGCCCAGUGGGAAACAGAAUUACAGUCUUUGACUUGAAAAAUAACAAGUCUGAAACAUUACCAUUGGCUGCACAGUACAAUGUUGCAUGUAUGGGACUGUCUCCAGAUGGAAAUCUUGCUAUACUUGUUGAUGAAGAGGGAUCUGCCUUACUUGUCAGUUUGAUCAGUAAAUCUGUUAUCCAUCGAUUCCAUUUUCAGAAACCUGUCCAUAGUGUCUGUUUUGCUCCAAAUGGAAAAAAAUUUGUGAUUACUAAAGACAAAGUUGCACUGAUGUACCAUGCCCCAGGGAAAAAAAGAGAAUUUAAUGCAUUUGUUCUUGAUACAACAUAUUAUGGUGCUUAUGAUGAAACGACAUGCAUUGACUGGACUGAUGAUUCCAAAUGUUUUGCAGUGGGUAGUAAAGAUAUGUCAACAUGGGUGUUUGGAGCAGAACGCUGGGUCAAUCUGGUUUAUUAUGCACUAGGAGGUCAUAAAGAUGCAAUUGUUGCCUGUUUUUUUGAAGAAAACAGUUUGGAUUUAUACACUGUCAGCCGUGAUGGAGCUCUGUGUGUGUGGCAGUGUGAUACAGAGCUAAAUGGUCUGAAACCUAGAACUCCCAAAAGCCAAUCCACUGACAAGGAAGAAUCAGCAAAAGACCUAGAUGAAGAGUUGACAGAAACACAAAAAGGCAACGAGGUUCAUGGAAAAGCCAGUGGAAAUGAAAAAGAAAACAAAAAGAAAGUGAAAUACUCAUGUGCUGCCAAAUACUUUUUUAACAAGGAAGGAGAUUUUAACACCUUGACAGCUGCAGCUUAUCACAAGAAAAUCCAUCUGUUGGUCACUGGAUUUGCUUCUGGAAUUUUUCACCUUCAUGAGCUUCCAGAAUUCAAUCUCAUCCAUUCUUUAAGCAUUUCAGACCAGAGAAUUGCAUCUAUUUCUAUCAACAGUACUGGUGACUGGAUUGCUUUUGGAUGUGCAGGUCUGGGACAGCUCUUGGUAUGGGAAUGGCAAAGUGAGUCCUAUGUGCUGAAACAGCAAGGCCAUUUCAACAGCAUGGUAUCACUUGCAUAUUCACCAGAUGGGCAGUAUUUAGUUACUGGUGGGGAUGAUGGAAAAGUGAAAGUAUGGAAUACCAGCAGUGGCUUCUGCUUUGUCACCUUUACUGAGCAUACCAGCAUCAUAUCUGCUGUAACAUUUACCAACUCAGGAUAUGUUGUUUUGAGUGCUUCUCUUGAUGGAACAGUGCGAGCAUUUGAUCUCCACAGAUACCGCAAUUUCCGCACUUUCACUUCCCCACGACCAACACAGUUCUCCUGCUUAGCUGUGGACUCCAGUGGAGAAAUUGUUUCAGCUGGUUCCCAGGACUCUUUUGAAGUAUUUGUGUGGUCUGUGCAGAGUGGACGACUUUUAGACGUAUUAGAUGGUCAUGAAGGCCCCAUCAGUAGUCUGUGUUUUAACCCAGUGAAAUGUGUUCUAGCAAGCGCUUCUUGGGAUAAGACAGUCAGAUUGUGGGACAUGCUGGAUAGCUGGAGGACCAAAGAAACUCUGGCACUAAGUUCUGAUGUGCUUGCUGUUGCCUUUCGUCCGGAUGGCAAUGAGCUUGCUGUAGCUUCUUUGGAUGGGCAAAUCACUUUCUGGGAUCAUGAAAAUGCGGUGCAAACUGGAUCAAUUAUGGGGCGACAUGACCUUCAGAUGGGGAGAAAAGAGCUGGACAAAAUAACUGCCAAACAAGCUGCUAAGGGCAAAUCUUUUACUAGUCUGUGUUAUUCUGCUGAUGGCCAAUGCAUUUUGGCAGGAGGUCUAUCAAAGUUUGUUUGUAUUUAUCAUAUCAAGGAACAGAUUCUCAUUAAGAAGUUUGAAAUAUCUUGCAAUCUUUCCUUAGAUGCAAUGGAGGAGUAUUUGGAUCGCAGGAAGAUGACUGAAUUUGGUAGCAUGGCAUUAAUAGAAGAGGGAAAUGGCGAUGAUGAUGGUGUUAUCAUUCCUCUUCCAGGAGUUAAGAGAGGUGAUAUGAGUUCUCGGCAUUUUAAACCAGAAAUAAGAGUGACCUGCCUCCGCUUUUCUCCUACUGGAAGAAAUUGGGCAGCAACUACUACAGAAGGCCUUCUUAUAUACUCUUUAGACUCUAGUCUCACCUUUGAUCCAUUUGACUUAGAAAUUGACAUCACCCCUAGCAAUAUUCGUAAAGUAUUGCACCAAAAGGAGUACACUAAGGCUAUUGUCAUGGCUUUUAGACUAAAUGAGAAGAAAAUGAUUCAAGAGGUUCUAGAAACUGUGCCAUAUGAUGAAAUUGAUGUAGUCUGCUCAUCGCUUCCAGACUUGUACAUAGAAAAGGUCCUAGAAUUUUUAGCAUCUUGCUUUGAGAAAUCUCGUCACUUAGAAUUCUAUCUCAUGUGGACUCAGAAGUUGCUUAUGCUGCAUGGAUGCAAGUUAAAAACAAGAUCAGAUAAACUGCUGCCUAUUGUUCAGUUUCUUCAGAAGAGCAUUCAGAAACAUUUUGAAGACCUUUCUAAACUUUGUGACUGGAAUUGUUAUAACAUGAAAUACAUUCUAUCUAUUUCACAACAACGGGGCAUGAAACGCACAGGAGAAGACUCUGAAAACAAUGAUUUGGAAGACUCCAGUAAUGAGGCUUUUAUGGAAGAAUCAGCUGUACAUUUAUAGAAGUAUGACAGUUUUCUCCAUGCAUAAAUUUAAACAGUGGUAUUCACUGAGAACUUCAUAGCCCUUGAAGAGGCCUAUUUUUUAUAGGUGAUUUGAAUGUGAAAUAAUACUUGUGGGAGAAAGCAGUUUGCCUUUUGUACAAUUUUUCCAGUAACUGAAUACCUGGACUUUGGUAUGGUCACUAAAUCCCAACCAUGGCUUUUUCCUUGCCAUUAGACAUGUAUUGUAAUUCUCUUAUAGAUUACAUGAGUCAUAAGUGUUCCUACUUGUGUCCAAUUACCAAAUUACCUAAAUGACCUGUUAUGUGAAAUCACUUCUAUAAAAUAAAAUAUAUAGUUAUGGGAAGAAGACACAAGGACCAAAAGAAUGAAUUUAAUAGGUUCAGAUUUUGCAAACAGAAGAUCAUUUAUCUUCCUAAAAUAACCACAGAUUUUCUAGAAAACCUUUGUAGAAACUUACAUGCACAGCUUAUUCAAAAUAUCAUAGUAGAAACAUGGUAAAUAAUUGAAAGUAUGUUUCACAGGAAGGGUUUGGACUCCAUAUGCAUGUAUUUUUGUAAGUAUGAUAGUGUAUCUUAUUAGUGGUAGCAAAAAAUGCUUUGGAAUUCUUGUUUCUAAUAUUGUAGCCUGAAUGGAAAUUAUGAAGAAAUUCUACUGGUUUAACAGCAGAAAUGCUUUAGAACUACAGGCUACAAUAAAUGGAGUUAUUUGUACUUGUUGCCCUGGAAUGGUAUCUGGCUUAUUGGGUUUUAUUUAUUUUUUUCUGGAGUCCUGUUUUGUUCAAUAAAAUUGUUUACUUCUAAUAAUAAAAAUACAAAAGAAACACAUACCACUCAAUAUAGAGUGUGUUUAUUUGAACAGUAUUUGAAAAUGAUAAACUGGGGGAAGUGACCGAUCAGGCCUAGUCAAAAAUACUUGCUCCAUGAAGUGGAAUAACAAACAGCAUUUCCCAUUUGCACAAUACCAUGCCUGUUAUUUUGCAGGAUAAGGCAGAAAAUACUGUGUGUACCCCUGGGAAUAAAAAUAUAAUUCUAAUCACUGAAAACAACUAUUGGAUUCCUUUUUGAGACAACUAAAGUAGCUGUUUUAGAUGGCCAAGUCACUCUGAUUGAUCAGAAUAAUUAUACCAUCUCAGUUUGCUUUACCUUAUCUUUCAGUACUAUAUUGAGUAAUAGUGAAAUUGCUGCGAAAGAUGCAGAUGCCACUGUAAUUUGAAUCCUCCGCUGAAUAGAAAGACCAAGAGUUAUUUUAAUGAAUAGCAUUUUGCUGUACCAAAGUAAGAGAUGAAGGCCCUUUGUCUCUGUAAAAUGUCUAUUACUGAAAUAGAUGGUUCAUAAUUUCUAAAGCCCCUUGAGGCCCUUAAAAAAAAAACCUUUUUUCCUCCCUUAACCAAAUGGGACAAUUUGACUUACUUUGCUGAAAGAUAUGACAAAUAAAUAUGAAAACAGCAAAUGGAUGUAAUUGUUUGCCAAGGCAAACUAAGUAAUAUAAAAGAAUGUUAGUCAUGUUUUGUAUAACCUUUGAAGAUUACAUUCCUGAUUAUCAUUUAUUAGAGAGUAAACUUACAAAGUGCAGACUUGAUUAAAAUUUACACAAAAUAGCUAACCAGAAUUUAUUUUAAAAUAAGUUAUAGUUGUACUUAAGGCUCAUGACUAAGUUGUAAAGCAUUAUUAUUUAUUAAGUACAUAUUGUACAGGUAGUCUUCAACUUACGACCACAAUAGGGACUGGAAA